AUGGGUAAGCGGCGACACAUGCGCAACAUGCUAACAGUGUCGGACGGUUACUGGGGAUUUGUUCAUCAGAAACGCUUCUAUCGCUGGAUUUAUGCAUCACUUACAUUCUUUGCCAUCUUUGCUGUGGUCGUGGCUUUCUUUGACGUUGGUGCCGGUACGUCGCAUGCUGCCAGAUUCGUGGCAAGCAAAUAUACAAAGGGUGAGCUAGAUGAGAACCAGCGACUGCUGCAAUGGAUUUACAUCUUCUAUCCAACACCUUUUGCUUUUGCGUGGUUUCUUGUCUACUUCGCCAAAUUCCUUUUUUGCUGGAAAAUCAAGCGAUUGCGAAAGGCACGCAAUUACAAGUACAACCUCAUGCUGGCUUCAUUGAUCAUCGCAAUCUUUUACGCCGUCAUACUGAAAUCUGUACUUAAAAUGAAGCUCUACUCGGGUCCUAAGUUACGUAGUGCAUUGGUGAUUGGACUUUGCGAGCUUGGACUUGUGGGCAUUCAGGUGUUUGAUGAGCGGAAAGAACGCAAAGAGCGGCAUAAGAUGAAAAAGAUUUUACGGGAACAGAAAGCAGAGGAGAAUUUGGUGCAUCAGCGACAUGAGCACUUAUCUGGUGAUGCAUCAUCCCACCAAGUUUCGCCUUCUACGGAUAUUGCGAAUGCAAGAGACGGAGGAGAAAUGGUUAUCGUUGAGGGCAGGUAG